UGUAGACUUCCGUCUGCGUAUUUGUUGAGAGGAAGAAAAGCGAGGGCGAGGAAGAGCGAAGCGCCAAGGAAGGCCAUGGCUCGCGGGCAGCAGAAAAUCCAGUCCCAGCAGAAGAAUGCCAAGAAGGCAGCAGAGAAGAAGAAGCAGCAGGGCGCCGAUCAGAAGACUGCAGCCAAGGCUGCGCUCGUCUACACCUGCCCUGUGUGCCGGACUCAGAUGCCAGAUCCCAAGACAUUCAAGCAGCACUUUGAGAGUAAGCACCCCAAGUCCCCUUUGCCCACUGAGCUGGUGGAUGUUCAGGCAUGAGCACAGUGACUUGGAUUUUGCGGCACAUGGAUUGAAGACCUGAAUUUUGACAGACGAGACUGACGUGGACCUGGGGGGUGGGGGGAUUGUUUACUUGGCACCGUCUGGGACAUGAGCCUAUUGGGAAGAUGGUGUUGGGAUAUUGACUUUUCCCAUCUUUAUUUUGUACUCAUUUUAAUUACCUGGCCAGCCACUGUUCUCUUCUGCACCCCUUGGAUAGGUCCCACCUCUUACCUCCCCCACACACAACAUAAAAUCUUACCUGACACUUUUAUUUCCCUAAUCUGCUUCAGUGUAAUUCCACGGCAGACAGACAGGUGGCACAGUCACCGUCUAAAGAACCUCAAUAGGCAAAAUGGUUGAAUUAUUACUAUUUUUUAAUCAAAUGGCCUGACCUUGGGACUGUCCCCCCCUCAUGUAUGUGGUUUGCUGAAUGCUACACUUUUUAGAUUGGUGCUUUAUAUGACCUCCUCUGAGUGUUAAUCUCUAAUAGUUCAGGUCAGAUCCACUUGGCGGUGUUGGUAUAGCAGUUCAGGUGCAGAUUGCUCAGAAUCUUGUUGGUUUAAGGGCCACGUGGGGAAUUUCUGUUGUGCCCUAGACAAUGCACUUAACAUUAAACACAUGGUCAAAUAAACAGGAACAUGGCAAGUUUGGAUAAUGCUGUUUUGCUUGGCAAAUAAACAGUGAAUCAGUAGCAUAAUGAAAAGCCUGUUUGCUUGUUGCGUUUAAUUCGGUACUGCUGUUGCCUACAAGCCGCAGCUGAAUUGUACACAUACCUCCUGUUUAUGAAUCUCUCAGCUCUCUGCCAGUAUGAGUAAGGUGCUGUUUGCUUUAAAAUGUCCUUGUGUUAACGCUUCAGUACUAAUGGGGAAAUACUGGGUCUUUAUCAGGAAAUAAUCAUCUUUUGUCGCCUAAUCAGCCAUGUUUAACUCACCCCAGUCUCUAAAUUGUUGAUUAGUGCUGGCAAUCUUUUGAUUUUGGUUGGAAGUCGGUCGUUGCACAUUUCUCUGGAAACAAAGAAUUUACAAACGUCGCAGUGUUUUUUUGAUGACGUUUUCUACCAUUUAGUUUUGCUUUUUUUUUUUUUCGAUUGUAAGCGUUUUUAUUAAAUGUUUGUUCACCAUGA